GCUGGAGUUGGAUACUUGGAUUGCCUCCCUCUCUCGGGGUCUCAAGCUUCUCGUUCUUGGUUGCUCAAAAUCGUAAGGACUUAGGACUGAACUCCGAAGCAACGUAAUCACGUACAGACAUGACGGCGACGAUGUAUCGUCUGCAACUGCUCAAACCUCCACCAGUCGUCAAGUCCUCGAUAUUACCAAAAUACUCCUACUCGAGCUUCUCAACUCCGACUCUUCACGGGAAACGUCUUCGUAAAUUCUCCACUGUUCCUCAUCUUUGCUCCAAAUUAGAUCAGCUUCCCGAGAGUCCGUCUAUAGUUGGGGAUCUUCUGGACUAUCUGAAUGAGUCGUGGACUCAGUUUCAUGCCACUGCUGAAGCGAAACGUCAAUUAAUAGAUGCUGGAUUUCAUUUACUAAAUGAGAAUGAUGAGUGGGACCUAAAGCCUGGCAGGCGCUACUUCUUUACACGGAAUAUGUCUUGCUUGGUUGCUUUUGCCAUUGGAGAGAAGUAUAAUGUAGGUAAUGGUUUUCAUGUGAUUGCUGCACACACAGAUAGCCCAUGUCUGAAGUUAAAACCAAAGUCUGCAUCAUCAAAAUGUGGAUAUCUUAUGGUGAAUGUACAGACUUAUGGAGCUGGCUUAUGGCACACAUGGUUUGAUAGAGACUUAAGCUUAGCAGGAAGGGCCAUAGUUAGAAGUGGAGAUGGAUCCUUUGAGCACAAGCUUGUUAAAGUAAAGAAACCUAUUUUACGAGUACCAACACUGGCUAUUCAUCUUGACCGUACAGUGAACCAGGAUGGGUUUAAACCAAAUCUAGAGACUCACCUUGUUCCACUUCUUGCCACAAAACUUGAGGAGACAUCUACAGAAUCCAAAGAGAAAAGCUCAAAAGCUUCUCACCAUCAAUUACUUAUGCAGGUAUUGUCAGAUGAACUGGGUUGUGGAACUGAUGAAAUAGCGAGUAUUGAGCUGAAUGUCUGUGAUACACAGCCUAGCUGCCUUGGAGGUGCAAAUAAUGAGUUUAUUUUUUCUGGAAGAUUGGACAAUCUUGCUUCAAGUUAUUGUGCACUGAGAGCUCUUAUUGAUUCAUGUCAGUCACAUGGAGAUUUAUCAAGUGAACAUGCUGUUCGAAUGGUUGCUUUAUUUGACAAUGAGGAGGUGGGGUCUGGUUCAAUGCAGGGAGCAGGUGCACCAACCAUGUUUCAGGCCAUGAGACGUAUAACUGACUGCUUAGCUCAUGAGUAUGUAGGUGAAGGUGCUUUUGAGCGUGCAAUCCGCCAAUCUUUUCUUGUCUCUGCUGACAUGGCUCAUGGGGUUCACCCAAAUUUUAUGGAUAAAUAUGAAGAACAUCAUAGGCCAGAGUUACAAAAGGGGCUUGUCAUCAAGCACAAUGCAAACCAGCGGUAUGCCACAAGUGGUGUGACAGCUUUUCUUUUCAAAGAAAUAGCAAACAUUCAUAAUAUUCCAGUUCAGGAAUUCGUAGUAAGGAACGAUAUGGGAUGCGGAUCCACAAUUGGCCCCAUACUUGCUUCAGGUGUUGGAAUCCGUACCGUAGAUUGUGGCAUUGCUCAGCUUUCCAUGCACAGCGUGAGGGAGAUAUGUGGAAAAGAAGACGUUGAUAUUGCUUACAAGCAUUUCAAGGCAUUCUACAAGACAUUCUCAGGCAUUGACAGGAAGCUAAAUGUGGAUUAGUGUAAGCUUUUUCAUGUUAAUCAGGUUUCUGAUUCUUAGUUUAUAAUUUUUUAAAACAUAAAAAGUGAGAAAGAAAAGAAAAUGUGAGAAUCAGAAGCUCCAACUUUUUAAGACUAUAAAAUGAUUAUAUUCCUUUUGCCUCC